AUGAAUGGCACCCUGCGCAACAACGAUGAUGUUGAAGGUCCGCGGAAUCUAGAUCCUAAUGUUCUUGCUGAGACUGUCUCCGUUGGUCAUCAUGGUAAGCUGGCUCUCAUGGGCGAGUUCGAGUCUACAUUAGCUAUCCACGCAAUUAUACCCGAAUUUUGUCCCAAGCCAACGGCAUGGGGAACGUUUAAGAACGAUCCAAAUUCACAUUUUUAUAUUUGCAAGUUUUAUGACUUUGUCGAAGGCGUACCCGAGCCCAGCUCCUUCUGUGAGAAGCUUGCCCAAUUGCAUUCCACUCACUCUUCACCGGAGGGCAAGUUCGGAUUUCAUUGCACAACAUAUAAUGGCAACCUUCCUCAGGACAAUACCUGGUGCGAUAGCUGGGAAGAAUUUUUUGCAAAUGGCCUGCGCCAUAUUUUGAAGAUCCGUGAGGAAAGGGCGGGCAACAAUAAUCUGCAACUUGAUGCACUGCUGCCCCGGCUUUUUGAUAAAGUCAUCCCCAGGCUCUUGCGACCACUUGAAACAGAGGGACGAAAAAUAAAGCCCUCUUUAGUACAUGGAGACUUGUGGUAUGGAAACACAGGAAUAAUCAACGAGACCAAGAAGGGCAUCAUUUAUGACCCUGCUAGCUUCUGGGCACAUAACGAGUAUGAAUUAGGAAACUGGCGCCCUGAACGAAACAAAUUUACAUGCGAUUAUGUUCAAGCAUAUCAUUCUCAUAUACCUAGAGCUGAGCCAAAAGACGACUAUGAUGACCGCAUCGCUCUCUACUCCUUGAGAUUUAACUUACAUGCAGCGGCGCUAUUUCCAGAGCAAGAAUCGUUUGUGCAAAUGGCAGUAAACGAGAUAAAGACACUCAUCGAGAAGUAUCCCGAGGGUUACGGAGUAUAG